AUGUGCCAAUCUAUUCGAACUGCCCUCAAGCCUACAACAGGGCAUAUCCUCGAUCUUCAUUCGUCACAGCCGUCAGCAGGACCACCUGAUUUAACAGCUCUUGGCCUGACUGUUCAAGGUAACCUUGCUUGGGAGGCAAGCUUUUCUGUCCACUCAUCCCAUUUGUCGGCCAAUGACAAUCUAUAUUGUAACCAUCGCAAUUCUCAGCUGGUCCGUCUCUUAGACACCGGAGCCUUGUACCCAACUAUCCAGCUGUGA